AAACCAGAAUUUAAGAUACAUAUAUAUAUAUAUACCUACGUUUGCUUAAAACUAUUAAAAAUCAUCAACUAUGCCAGCAGUAGGAAGAAUACUAGGAACAUCUCCAAAAAAUUGCUGUGGAGUUGGAGCAGCCAGUCAUACACUAGGCACAGUUAUGCACAUAUUAGAAAUCUUUUCACUAUGUUGUGGAAGAAAAACUAAUAAUACAUUGGGAGAUUUCAUGUGCUCUAUCAUUUGUAUCGUUUUAAAGUUAUGCCUGACAAACUGGAAUCUGACAGAAGAUAUUAAUAAAACAGGAACUGCAUGUUAUUGGACGUGCGCUAUAGCAGCAAUACUCAAUUAUGUGGUGUUCAUUGUUAAAAGUGAAAACUAUCACACCGAACCUUUUGGGGCAAGGAUUGCAACAUUAGUAUCAAUGGCAUCAACAAUUUUAACUUAUCUUAUUGCUCAUUAAGAAAGACGUGUAUCUUGAUUCAUCAAAGUGAAAUUUACAAAUAACUAUGUAGCUGAAUUGA